CGCCCCGCCCCUUCGCUCGAGCGGUACCGUGGCCUUUCGCGCCGAGUCCGGGUCAGGGCGGCCGCCGCUAUGUCCGACAAGGAGUUCAUGUGGGCCCUCAAGAAUGGCGACCUGGACGAGGUGAAAGAGUACGUGGGCAAGGGUGAAGAUGUUAACCGAACAUUGGAAGGUGGGAGAAAACCUCUUCACUAUGCAGCAGAUUGUGGACAGCUUGAGAUUCUGGAGUUUCUUCUAUUAAAGGGAGCUGAUAUUAAUGCUCCAGAUAAGCAUAGUAUCACUCCACUUCUUUCAGCAGUUUAUGAAGAUCAUAUGUCCUGUGUGAAAUUACUUCUGUCAAAGGGUGCUGAUAAGACUGUGAAAGGGCCAGAUGGACUAACUGCCUUUGAAGCCACUGACAAUCAGGCAAUCAAAGCUCUUCUUCAGUGAUGGAUGGACUGAGAUCUAAUGUCUCUCCUGUGGCCUCACACUGCUGCCUGUCUAUCACUCUUUGUAUCUUCCAGCUUCUUCAGCUAAAUAUUGGAGAGGGAGGAAAAAAAAACACAGUAAAUCAGUCUAGUUAGGUACCUCUAUCAAAAAAAGAACAUGUUUGGAGAGUAGAAAUACAUAUAAUUGGUGUCUCUUUAGGACUUUUUACCCUGAACAAUUUUCCCCAUUUCUAGCAAAAUUGAACUUCUGCUGUGGAAGGGGAGAAGAAUGUGUUCUGUAAUGUAGCUUGUAAAUGACUUGCUGAAAGUUUGUAAAAUGGAAACUCUGUUCUUUAUUUUCUAAUAUGUAAAAGCAAUUAGCAGCCCAGCACUGUUAUGCCGACACUUAACAAGCAAGGCAAUGGGAUAGCUUCUCUGUAGUUCUGUCCCUGUGCUGUAAAUAGAUUAUGUAAUGCUGAAGGGUUUUGCUGAUAAUGUCCCUGUAUUUAAUAAUGCCAUUAUUAACAAGGAACAAAUAAUACAAGCAGGGCUAAAUCUCCAGCAGAGGUGCUGGAAGAAAUGAUUAAAAUCAUGGGUUUUCUACCUUCCAAGAUGCAAACCAAUUACUUCUGGAAUAGAGCUUUUGAAAAACUUCUAAUUAGAGUGCCCUCCCCUAGCACAUUGUAAAAUACACUGGAACAAAGUGACUGUUCCAGAUCUCUUGGUGCUAGAAGAUGGUAGCUUUGCCUUCAUGAUUUAAAUUCAAAAUACCCUAAUAAAAUGACUCAAAUUAACUUUGUUUUAAAGAAGGCAGGAGCUUCUAUUCUAGCAUCAUCCUUGCUGCAUUAAUCUGGUUAAAUGCAUGUAUCUUUGAAAGGGGUUUGAUUUACUAUUAAGCUUUUGCAUCUGGCAAUGAUCAAAAUUAUAUACAAUUGAUAAAAUGGUCCUGAACAAUGACAGGUUGCAUUUACUGCCCAGUAACAGAUUAUGGUUUAUACAAGUAAUUUCACAAGUCUUCAAUGUAGCGCUUUAAAAAUAUUCACAGGUAAGGAUUUGUAGUAUGCUAAUAUCUUGAUUGGGAUGCUAGGUUAAAUUGCAUUUGGAUAUUCUUUUUGAAAAAAGUCAAUACAUUUUGUAUCAUAAUAUUAAAAACUUCCCAGUAAGAUUUUUAUUGGCUUUGAACGUGUGCAGUGCAAUGUUGACUGUCAUCUAGGAAGUUCUGGUGUCUAGCACAUUUCAUAUAAUGAAUGUAGCUUUUGAGUUUAAAAACAUUUAACUUUUACUAUUGUACCAUCCUCUUACCAGAAAAAAAGAAACUGGAGAAAUGGACUUGUUAAGCGAUGUUAACAUUGUAUCUUAUUUGUCCCUUAUCACAGAUAUCAUCUGUUAUAUUCAGAUCAGUUAUCUAGCAUCCAUGGGGAAUAAACUUCGUUCUCCAAAGAUUGUUUUAAAAGUAGAUCUAUGUAAUAUAUUUUUGUAUUGGUGCAGAAAUGUGAUAUAAAAAUAAUAAACUUUGCAUGCACAGUCUGCAUAAUCA